AUGGCUGGUGGUUCUGACAACCCGGGGAACCGGACCGUCGUUGUGUCGGCCCCCGGAAAGGUGCUUCUAGCCGGCGGCUACAUUGUCCUCGACCGGAAACACACAGGUCUAGUCUUCGGCCUAAGUGCCCGCAUCCACGUCCUCGCCCAGGAGAUACACACCAGCGCCGGCGUCCAUCUCAGAGAAAUUGUUGUGCAGAGUCCGCAAUUCCUGAAUGCCACCUGGAAAUAUGGCUACCAUCUCGCCGAAAACGGCGGUGGCAUCAAGGUCACUCAGCUGCAGUCGGGCACUCCGGUCGACCAAAACCAUUUUGUAGAGACCACACUCAGCUACGUCCUCAGCUACAUAUCCCAAGUGGACAAGACCCGCGCCACACACGGCUUCCAGCCCGCCUCCCUUCUCGUCCUAGCCGACAAUGACUACUACUCCAAGCCCAAGGAGGAGCCCACCACCACCACCGCCGCCGCCGCCGCCGCCGCCGACGGAAAAAAGUCCCGCUUCCUGCACUUCGGCACCACGCUGCGCGACGCGCACAAAACGGGGCUCGGCUCCUCCGCCGCCAUCGUGACGGCCCUCACCGCCUCGCUGCUCGCGCACUACCUGCCCCCCCACCUCUUCGACCUCUCCACGCCGGCCGGCCGCCGCGCGCUGCACAACCUCGCGCAGGUCGCGCACUGCGCCGCGCAGGGGAAAGUCGGUAGCGGCUUUGACGUCGCCAGCGCCGUGUACGGGUCGAGCGUGUAUCGCCGGUUUAGCCCGGCCCUGUUGGCGGCGCUGCCGGGGCCGGGGGAGGAAGGGUUUGCGAGGGCGUUGGUGGCGUUGGUGGAUGGGCAGGGGUGGGAUUGUGAGGUCAGGAAGGAGGGCGUGGGGUUGCCGGCCGGGGUCGCGAUUAGGAUGUGUGAUGUGGAUUGUGGGACGCAGACGGUGAGUAUGGUGAAGAAGGUGCAUGCGUGGAGGGAUGCGGAGCCGGAGGUGGCGGCGGGGGUGUAUGCCAAGUUGCAGGGGAAGGUGGAUGAGUUGACGGCGGUGUUGGGGGAGGGGAGGGUGGGGGAGAUUGGGCGGGUGAUGAAGCCGUUUAGGGAGCUUAUGCGGACGAUGGGGAGGGAAUGUGGCGCGCCGAUUGAGCCGGAUAGCCAGGAGGAGAUGCUGGAUGCGUUGGAGGGGGUGGAGGGCGUGUUGGGGAGUGUGGUGCCGGGGGCCGGCGGGUAUGAUGCGGCGGCGGUGGUGAUGUGGGAUGAUGAGGAGACGGAGAAGCGGGUGAAGGCGUUCUUGCGGGAGUGGAGCAAGGAGCAUGAGAUUCAGGUGCGGCUGAUGGGGGUGAAGGGAGAGACGGAGGGCGCGAGGAUGGAAGACCCGAGCGAGUUCAAGCUGUGGACUCAGUAA